GGGCAAAGUGGUGACCAUCGAGCGAUCGUUGGUGGUGGUCAGUAUCUGUUACAAGUGGUAGCGAACGCGCGUCGGUGAAGGAGUGCCUUUUCGAAACCAGCAGUCAUAAUGAGAGUGUUCUUGCUGUGCCUCUUGUUAGAGAUUGUUUGGAGUCGGGAGAGCGACUGGCAACCCAUUGUACCUGAACCCUCCCAAACCUACACAAGCUAUGCUAAUCUCGCUGAUAGAUCUUUAGAAGCUGGACCACAACUUAAGAUAUUAAAUAGAAGACCAAUACAUGCAUCGCACACAACAAAUAAGCUAACCAGUUUCUACAAUGUCGCAUCAGCGCCCUCUACAGAUACGUGCAGUGUUUAUAAAGUAUCGAUGAAUCAAGAACUGCUUUAUCAAUAUUUGGAAUAUGAUAAACUAUUACCCGAUCUAAAAGAAUUCACUCUCUGCAUGUGGACUAAAUUUCAUAAUCAUUCUCAAGAUCAUCCACUAUUUUCUUAUGCAGUUGGCGAUAAUCCAAAGGAGAUAUCUUCUUGGAUUUCAAAUACGCAAGAAGCAAGUUACUACAGCAUGGCUGUACAUGGACAAACCUUCUUUCGACUUAACUACCCUCUCAAAUUGAACAUAUGGUACCACGCAUGCCAGUCUUGGAACGGUAAGACGGGUGAAUGGCAGGUGUGGGUAAACGCCGAAAGAGUAGGCAGAGGGUUCCAUAACCGACUUGUGGGCCAUGUCAUAAAAGGUGGCGGUGUAGCAAUAUCUGGGCAAGAGCAAUCACUAUUAUAUAAAAAGGACGGAUUAGAUCCCGUUAUACAACAAUCUGGUUUAAUGGGUGAAAUCACGAUGCUCCAACUGUACCACGUAGCAUUAACAGCUGGAAAGGCGCACAAGGACCAUAAACAUCACCACGUCCAUCACUUUAAACACGACGGUAGUCCGUUAGACCCACCAAUGGAAACAGCCACCGAACCUCCCCCACCGCAACCCACUCACAUAGGCAAUGGAAACUUCCUAAUCGGUGGUCAACUCCAGAGACCUUCUAAUCUAAACCUAGCUGGAGCUCAACAACAAAUGAUACCCGUUCAACUGCCGAAUGGUUUGCAAAUACAUCAGCAAUAUGUUAACGGUCAACUAGGCAAUCGUGUUGUAUCCGAGCAACUGUUAACUGGAGUACAAACACCGAAUGGUUUAAUAGGUGCCGCUUCCCAAAUACCUUUAGUGGGUCUAUCAAUCUCGCCACUUUCGCAGAGCUCGAGCUAUUCCCCUAGACAGGCACAAAGCUCAGCUUCAACGAAAACUUCAACUGUAUUAUUAUCCAGUUCUUUACUAAAUCCCGCUAACGUGCAGUACGUCGAUGGACCUUCUCCACAUAAAAUAUUCAGAAGAGAUUCAUUAAAAAGAGACAAGAGGGACAAUCCAGAAAAAGCAUUGAUUGAAGAAAAUACUUCAGGUAGGAAAGAUAAGCGGGGUUUAGUAUCGUUGUCCGAUGGAUCGAUAGUAGAUGAAGCGCUCCUAACUCCGAGUAUUGUGGACGACAGUGAGGAUGCUGUCUUCGAAAAAUCCCUUCUACAAGGUCUUGCUGGAGUCGUCGGAAAUGUACCCAUACAGAAUUUACAAAAACAAAAUAGCGAUGAGCGUGAACCGGCCGAGGCUGAAGUAACAGCCGUAAUGCAAGUUUGCAGCGGCUGUGCGCAGGAGCCUUUCAAGAAGGCGCUAGUACUCUCGUGGAGGUCAACACCAAAGAAACUCUACAGUGGUGCACAUUAUUACAAAGGAUUACCAAUCUGUCGCGCUUUUUGAUACACUUAUGGAUAUUGACAUAUUAUAAUUUAUAACCGUGGGUUCCCACACCCAUUACACCUGCAUAAAGAUAUUUUCUUAUAUCUGUUUGAAAAGAAACAGAGGUUUCUUUGCAUGUUGCGGCAAUGGCAACUCACGGUUACUUGCAUUCACAUAUACAUAAUUCUUUGAAGUUAUAAUUGUUUAUCCAGGGCAAAUUCUUCGCAGUCCAUUAUUUGUUUGUCUGCAUUUUUCGCUGAGAGAUUAGAUAUCUGAUAUAUUUUAGAUAGUACUUGAAUUGCCCAUAAUUCGGAUUGUAAACAAAAAUAACCCUGACUCUUUUGUUUUUUUAAUGUAAAAUUGACAUCGUUAAAGAGGCUAAUAAUACUGCAAAGCUUUUUAUACUUUGCUUGGAUUGUUAGAGCCGAUUUUAUUUUAUUUAUUAGUAGUUUUAAGUAUUUACAUUGUUUAUUCUUACUGUAUGAUUUAAAAAUAAUUUUAAGAUUUUUACUGUCUUUAAUAUAAACCGUCGAUAUUUAGAAAACUAUAAAUCACAAUUCAAUUUAUUUGAUUUACUAAUAUCUUAUUAUCAAAUAAUAUAAAACUUUGAAAUACAAUACAAUUAUUUUAUAGACAAUGCGUGUUAACAAGUGACUUGCUAAUUAUACGGAAUUAAAUAAAUGUAUUUAAUUUA